AUGAAGAAGCAUUCUCGGCCUGGGUCUAGGACUAGACACGAUUUCAACAGAUCAAGACACAGUCAUAGCCAUUCUUCUUCCGCUGGUAACAAUAGCAGCAACAUUAACAACAGCGGUAUGAAUUCCAACGGUGAGAAUGAUAAAUAUGAUGGUAGUAGCUCUGUUGUUGAGCAUGGAUCACCCGAACAAGGGUUUAGUUCUCAGCAGCAGAAGGCCAUUAUCGAACACUUAUUGAUUACGAAAAAUUCUGCUCCUAAGAAGGAUUAUUCGCAUGUGCCAUGCAAGUUUUUUGUGCAAGGGAACUGUCAAGCGGGUGAUUCCUGUCCCUUUUCCCACGAUUUGAACAGUGCUGUCAGCGAACAGACAUGCAAGUAUUUCCAGAAGGGUAAUUGCAAAUUUGGGAUGAAAUGUGCUAAUGCACACGUUCUACCCAAUGGCACAAGACUCAACCCACGGAGGUCCUCUUUGCCAAAUGCGGCUAAUUCGAAUUCCAGUUCCAAUCCUAAUUCCAAUCCUAAUUCUAAUUCCAAUGGUAUUUCCAAUUCGAUUUCUAAUAAGCACCACAACUCGGGUAAUAUUGUCGCAGGAUCCGCAAGAGCAGAACAUAUGUCGGGGCCAGGCUUGGCUCCAGCUUUGCCUGCUUAUCGAACAACAUUCACCACAAUAUCGAAACAGCAACAACAACAACAACAACAACAACAGCAGCAGCAGCAGCAACAACAACAACAGUUUUCGACACCGAUUACAAACUCCUCGAGUUCCUUUAUGUGGACUUCAGAACAAACUUCGCCCAUCAAUUACAGCAAUUUGGUUUCAAAUGAAGUUAUGCAAAACUCUGAAUUUAUUGGCAAUAACACCUACGCUAUGGAGGGGCCAAACACUCCGCAGAUGUUCACAUAUAGUUAUGAAGCUCCAUCAAGCGCUCAAAGUAACACAUAUGCUUACCCUACUAGGUAUUCGGAAUACACAAGCCCAAACUCUCAUUAUGGACCUACCGAGCUUCAGCUAGAAGAGACCCUUUUGCCCAAUGAAUUGUCUGACUUGCUAACUCCAAAUGAAAAUAGACGCAGGGAAUCGUUUAACAAAGCCUCCACAAUGACGACUAAGCCGCUCUCUGCACCUAAUUCAUUUUCUUCUUCUUCAGCCAGUGAGCCAAGACUCUCUUACUCUUCUUCCUCUUCAAGCUCUGACUUUGCCUGGCGCAACCUGACAAGCUCGAACCAAAACAUCGAGUAUUGGCAAAAUCUAGAGCAAUUAGAGAAUAACUUAAACAGGUUUAAGAUAGAAGAACAGGAUGAAGAUAAGCUUAAUGCUAAUACUUAUCACUUGUCACAUGAGUCAGCUAGCCCACAUCAGGCGAACAUGGUACCUAAUUCUCAAGGUUUCCCUGCGCAUGCACGCAGUAAUGCUUCAGGUGAUACACAAUUCAUGUUUGAUGAUUUACAUGGAGGCAUCUACUAA